AUGGAAGAGGUAACAGAUUCGGCAGAACCGGCAAUGCCUAAGGCAAGCGGCCGGGGCCGGGGCCGAGUCGUGCAGUGCGGAGCUAUACGCGGUGCGGCGCGGCGCCGCGCCGUAGCCAUAGCCGUAGCUGCGGCCGGGGCUCGGGUCUGGGGCAGGGCUUGGGCCGGUCUCGACGCCCGGGGGUCACGCACGGUUGCCUCUCGCCCGCCGCCGCCGUCGCGCGGCUCUCUCUUCGGCUCCACCCUCGCUCACCUGGCCCCGGGGCGAGACGAGCGCGCCCGCGUGCCGCCGCCGCCGCCGCCGCCGCCGCCGCCGCCGCCGCCGCCGCCGCCGCCGCUGCAGCAUUGCCACGUUUCGCUGCGCAGCCCAAUGAGGCCCUGA